AUGGAUAAGCAAAAGAACGUCUCAGCUCAUGAGUAUCCUGAAUUCUUCGAAGUAUUCCUCCCUAAAUACAACUCGGAAAGGAUGCGUAUCCCGAAUGCUUUUGUCAAAUGUUUACGUGAGAAAGUGUUAAAGAAAGCCAUCCUCAAGAAUCGUAGGGGCAAGAUGUGGCAUGUCAACGUAAGCAACAUUAAUGGCGGCCUGUAUUUUGACCAUGGUUGGCAGCAGUUUACCAAGGACAAUUCCUUAGAGGUUGGAUACUUCAUGAUCUUUUCAUUUGAUGGAAGUAAUACGUUCAAAUUCAAAAUCUAUAAAACAAAUCGUUGUGAAAUGAUUGAGACCUAUGAAGAAAAGGAAGAAGAUAAAGAAAAUGAUUCUGUAGAGGAGGUAGAGGAGGAGGAGGAAGAUGAUGAAGAUGAGGAUGAGGAUGCAGAUGUUAAAGAAGAGAAGGGUGAACAAGUCAAGAAUAGAAGAGGUUCUUCGUCCAAGGCUAAACCAAUUAGCCUUGUGGAUUAUGGAAUUGAUGCGGAGAUGUAUGUUGAGCCAGACAAUCCCUACUUCGCAACAAAAAUAGGAGGAAAUAGGACAAACGAGCUGUUGCUCAACUAUUUUUGGUUAAUUAAGCGCCUUCCAAAGCAUGAAGUGCAAGAACACCAUCAAGAACAAGGAGCUUUUCAAACCCAAGACAGAAGCACAUGUGAAGGGGAAGUGAUCAAAUGGAAAGAUGGAAGAUUGUGUAUCAGAAAGUGGGCUUCGUUUUGCAGACGCAAUGGGAUCACCAACACUGACGUUUGUCUCUGUGAAUUUCUGUUGGGAGACGACGGACAACCUCAUACAUUAGAGGUUCACAUUGUUGGGAUUCAGGCCUAA